CAUGCGCAGCGCGGAGUCCCGGCCCGGGACACAAGAUGGCGGGCGCGGCGCUGGGGAGGGCGAGGCGGAGGCGGCAAAACGGGCGGUCGAGCAGAACGUGCAGCCGCGUCCCCUCGAGUCCGCUUCGGGCAGCUGCUGACAUAAGGAGUCCCCGAGGCUUCUGUCACCUCCACUGCUGACGAGUCCACCCACCUGUGCUGAGCCUUCUCGCAGGUCUCCCCUUGCCUGUGAGGUCAAUCCAGCCGGAGAAGAAAACUCUCUCAUGCUAGUGUUGCAGACCCUAGAGGGUCCCGCGUGGGUGCUGAGAUGGCCAAUGAGAAUCACGGCAGCCCCCGGGAGGAAGCGUCCCUGCUGAGUCACUCCCCGGGCACCUCCAAUCAGAGCCAGCCCUGUUCUCCAAAGCCAGUCCGCCUGGUUCAGGACCUUCCAGAGGAGCUGGUGCAUGCAGGCUGGGAGAAGUGCUGGAGCCGGAGGGAGAAUCGUCCCUACUACUUCAAUCGAUUCACCAACCAGUCUCUGUGGGAGAUGCCCGUGCUGGGCCAGCAUGAUGUGAUUUCGGACCCUUUGGGGCUGAAUGCAACCCCACUGCCCCAAGACUCAAGUUUGGUGGAAACGCCUCCUGUUGAGAGCAAGCCUAGAAAGCGACAGCUCUCAGAAGAGCAGCCAAGUGGGAAUGGUGUGAAGAAACCCAAGAUUGAAAUCCCUGUAACACCCACAAGCCAGUCGGUGCCCAGCUCCCCCAGCAUCCCAGGAACCCCAACACUAAAGAUUUGGGGUGCAUCCCCUGAAGAUAAGCAGCAGGCAGCUCUCCUCCGACCCACUGAGGUGUACUGGGACCUGGACAUCCAGACCAAUGCUGUCAUCAAGCACAGGGGUCCUUCAGAGGUUCUGCCCCCACAUCCUGAAGUGGAGCUGCUUCGCUCUCAGCUCAUCCUGAAGCUUCGGCAGCACUACCGGGAGCUGUGCCAGCAGCGAGAGGGCAUUGAGCCUCCUCGGGAAUCUUUCAAUCGUUGGAUGCUGGAGCGCAAGGUGGUGGACAAAGGAUCUGACCCCCUGUUGCCUAGCAACUGCGAACCGGUCGUUUCACCUUCCAUGUUUCGUGAAAUCAUGAAUGACAUUCCCAUCAGGUUAUCCCGAAUCAAGUUCCGGGAGGAAGCCAAACGCCUGCUCUUUAAAUACGCAGAGGCUGCUAGGCGGCUCAUCGAGUCCAGAAGUGCAUCCCCUGACAGCAGGAAAGUGGUCAAGUGGAACGUGGAAGAUACGUUCAGCUGGCUUCGAAAGGACCACUCAGCCUCCAAGGAGGACUAUAUGGAUCGCCUGGAACACCUACGGAGGCAGUGUGGGCCCCAUGUCUCAGCUGCAGCCAAGGAUUCCGUGGAGGGUAUCUGCAGUAAGAUCUACCACAUCUCCUUGGAGUAUGUUAAGCGGAUCCGAGAAAAGCACCUGGCCAUCCUCAAGGAAAAUAACAUCCCAGAGGAAGUAGAAGCGUCAGAGACAGAGCCCCGCCUAGUGUACUGCUACCCAGUGCGGCUGGCUGUGUCUGCUCCGCCCAUGCCCAGUGUGGAGAUGCACAUGGAGAACAAUGUGGUCUGCAUCCGGUAUAAAGGAGAGAUGGUCAAGGUCAGCCGUAACUACUUCAGCAAGUUGUGGCUCCUUUACCGCUACAGCUGUGUUGAUGACUCUGCCUUUGAGAGGUUCCUGCCCAGAGUCUGGUGUCUUCUCCGACGGUACCAGAUGAUGUUCGGCGUGGGCCUCUACGAGGGGACUGGCCUGCAAGGAUCGCUGCCUGUGCAUGUCUUUGAGGUCCUUCACCGACUCUUUGGUGUCAGCUUCGAGUGUUUUGCCUCACCUCUCAACUGCUAUUUCCGCCAGUACUGUUCUGCCUUCCCCGACACAGAUGGCUACUUUGGCUCCCGCGGGCCCUGCCUGGACUUCGCCCCGCUGAGUGGGUCCUUUGAGGCCAACCCUCCAUUUUGUGAGGAGCUCAUGGAUGCUAUGGUCUCUCACUUUGAGAAACUGCUGGAGAGCUCACUGGAGCCCCUGUCCUUCAUUGUGUUUAUUCCUGAGUGGCGGGAGCCCCCCACACCAGCGCUCACCCGAAUGGAGCAGAGCCGCUUCAAACGCCACCAGCUGGUCCUGCCCGCCUUUGAGCACGAAUACCGUAGUGGCUCCCAGCAUGUCUGCAAGAAGGAGGAAAUGCAUUACAAGGCCGUCCACAACACAGCCGUGAUCUUCCUGCAGAAUGACCUUGGCUUCGACAAGUGGGGGCCAACGCCUGAGCGGCUGCAGGAGCUCACCACUGCCUACAGGCAGUCAGGCCGAAGUCACGGCUCAAGCUCUUCCUCCUCCUCCUCCUCGGAAGCUAAGGACCGGGACUCGGGCCGGGAGCAAAGCACUAGCCGAGAGUCCCUUCCCACUUAACAUACCCUGCAGGGAGGAGGAGCCCCACUGUGGGGACUCAGGCCUCUGGGGACUGAGCGAGCGGGGCCCAGGGCCCUCCCCUGGGAUGGUAGCAGGACUUAAGCUGCCGGUGACAUAGGAAUAUAAUGGCUCUACCAGGGCUCUCCCUCCCUGCCCCUACCCCACUUCAGACUCACCCCAAGACCCCUGUAUAUAUAGGCCCAUGCCUUCCCAGCCCCGCACUGACCCUGUUGCUGCCUUGUUUCAUUUGUAAAAGGAAAUACAGAAACUCCUCCAAGAA